GGAGACCAUAAUAUUAAUUUUUCUCAACCCACACAAUACAGCAACAUCAAAAUUUUUAGUAACAUAAAAAUAAAAAAAUUAUAAAAAUAUAUAAAAUAAAUAAAAAUGGCAGCUAAAGGAAGCAAAUAUCAUCAAAGUCCGGGACCCAAUGCCUACAAAUUACCUCCAUUGGUGGGAUACAAGAAACAUGACAUUUCCAAGUGGAAGAAUCCUGCCUAUUCGAUGGGCAUUACAACUAAAAAUCUUCAGAAACAUAUUGGUCCUGGUCCCGCUUACAAGAUAGAGAGAAUGACACGCUACGGCAAAGCCUAUCUUCCUACUACAUUACUUGGCAAGAGACUUGAAACAAUUGGAAAGCCUCUUGGACCUGGACCUGGGGCCUACAACCCUGACUUGAAGAAGAUCGGCAAGGUGAAGCACAUUGGACCCACGUUUGGUAUUCGCCCAGAUCCUCCACUGAGGUCCCUUGGUCCAGGACCCAGUGCAUACCAUGUCAAGAAGAAUCCUAUGAUCAAAACUCCUCCUGCCUACUCUUUAGGAAUAAGACCUGAUCUGACUCGAGCACACUUGGGACCGGGGCCCAAUGCAUAUAAUCCAAAACGCCAGGAUAAUGUGAACACUGUGAAGUUUGGUCCUCCGCACAAGAAACCAAGAGCGAAGGACACAGGUCCAGGACCAGGAGCCUACCAGGGUCCACAAUUCAUGAAUUACAGGGAGAAGGUCAGACCACCCAAGUAUCCUUUUGGAGUGAAGACAGACGUCAGUCCCUACAUAACACCCGAGGAUAAUGCUGUGUGUGAACUUAUCUGCCGUAGAGAAUAGUCAGAUAACGUAGAAGUACAUGUCAAAUAAUAAAAUUCCUUUAUUUGCCAA